AGACCCAGGGACAGCUCGGGAGGGUCGGAGCCAGCGCGAGAUUCCGGAGCCAGCAUAAGGUAGAGGUGCGGACCUGAGGCAACCCACGUGUGCCCCCCGGUCUCGAGCUUUGCCCAGCUAUAUGAAAUAUGGGAGACGACAGGCCGUUUGUGUGCAAUGCCCCCGGCUGUGGACAGAGGUUUACAAACGAGGACCACCUGGCGGUUCAUAAACACAAGCAUGAGAUGACAUUGAAAUUUGGUCCUUCUAGAACCGAUUCAGUCAUCAUAGCAGAUCAGACUCCGACUCCAACCCGUUUUUUGAAGAACUGUGAGGAGGUGGGGCUCUUCAAUGAAUUGGCCAGUUCCUUUGAGCACGAGUUUAAGAAAGCCACAGAGGAUGAUGAGAAAAAGAACGCUGGACCUCUGGACAUGUCUCUGCCCUCAACCCCAGACGUCAAAAUAAAAGAGGAGGAGCCAGUUGAGGUGGAUUCUUCUCCUCCAGACAGUCCUGUAUCCAGCCCGCAAUCCCCACAGAUCAAAGAGAAGGAGAUCACUUCAAAGCCUGUUAUAAUUUCUACACCUACUCCCACCAUCAUGCGUCCAGGGUCACUGCCACUACAUUUGGGAUAUGACCCGCUACAUCCCACUCUCCCCUCCCCGACCUCUGUCAUCACCCAGGCUCCACCUUCCAACAGACAGCUUGGGUCUCCCACGGGCUCCCUCCCACUUGUCAUGCACCUUGCGAACGGACAGACCAUGCCUGUCCUCCCUGGCCCUCCUGUACAGAUGCCUUCUGUUAUAUCGUUGGCUAGGCCAGUGUCCAUGGUGCCCAACAUUCCGGGUAUUCCUGGUCCACCCAUCAACAGCAGUGGUUCCAUUUCACCAUCAGGUCUUCCAAUACACUCUGAGGCUAAAAUGAGACUGAAGGCCAGCCUGACGCACCAGGUUUCUUCCUCACUGAAUGGCAGCAGCAUGGUUGUGGGGUCAGCAAGUACGAUGGUGACCUCACGUCCAGAGCAGGGUCAGAUACUUCUCCAGCACCCCGAUGCACCUUCUCCGGCUCAGCCACAGGUUUCCCCUGCUCAGCCCACACCUAGCACCGGUGGCCGGCGGAGACGCACGAUGGAUGAAGACCCGGAUGAGCGCAGGCAGCGUUUCCUGGAGCGGAACCGUGCCGCAGCCUCUCGUUGCCGUCAGAAACGCAAGCUGUGGGUGUCUUCUCUGGAAAAGAAAGCAGAGGAGCUCACGACACAGAAUAUCCAGCUGAGUAAUGAAGUUACACUACUGAGGAAUGAAGUUGCUCAACUUAAACAGCUACUGUUGGCUCACAAGGACUGCCCAGUCACUGCACUACAGAAAAAAACACCGGGGUAUCUUGAAAGCCCAAAGGAGAGCUCUGAGCCUACCGGUUCCCCUGCUCCUGUCAUCCAGCACAGCUCCGUGACAGCAUCCCCCAACGAGCUCAACGUCCGCUCUGCAGCUGAAGCUGUUGCCACUUCGGUCCUCACUCAGAUGGCAAGCCAAAGGACAGAACUGAGCAUGCCCGUACAGUGGCACGUCAUUAUGGCUCCACAGUCUCAGUCUGCUGGCAGAUGAUGUCACCAACCACGUGACAAAGAACUAACCCAUAAGAACGUGCAGACCGAGAGACUGAUCAUAGCUAAGUCCCUGCUUAGUGGGGGCAGAUAUGGAUUUUUUUUUUUUUUAAAGUAAGUUAAGGGCAGCUAUGGAAGCUUCUUUAUACUGCAUAUCCUAUACAGAUCCUGGCCCAAAACCAUUGUCAUGUGAUCACCUGUCCGUACAGGAUGGCUUCAGAUUGAGGGAUUUCUUGAUCCCUUAGUGAUGGUCAAUCAGCUUGCAGAAUCAUCAGAACACAAAGAGCCUCAUUUGAAUGCAUCUUGAAAGGUUCAUUUUCAGGUAUCAAUUACGUUAACACUAAACCUCCCCUGGCUUGUGGUUUCUCUUGGCAUUAUUGCUAUUUUAAGUUUCACCUGUUAGCAAAGGAAAGUAGCUGUUGGGAGGCUGUGACAUUUACUGGUGCUGUCACUUUAUUUUUAACAGCUUGCUGCUUCCAAUCAUCUGUUUCCCCAUCACUGCUCUAGCUGACCUGAAACGUUGCACCUUGGCACAAGAAUACUGGCCGAGUUUUCCACUCGGGCUAUUGAGAUUAAAAAGGCUGAGGACAAUGGGUUUCCUAACUCCAUGGGUUUAAUUUCCCUGACACCAAAGCUUUCUGGUUCUGAAGCAAGCCUGGCACCUCUAAUUCACAUGCAAUUAACCAUCAUUAACUGCUGUAACUUGUGGGGGUUUUAAGUAUGUUUAAGUACUGGUGCAGCAGUAGGAACUGUUGCAUCUGAAGAAGUGAGGUUCUUACCCACGAAAGCUUAUGCUCCCUAUACUUCUGUUAGUCUCAAAGGUGCCACAGGACCCUCUGUUGCUUUUUACAGAUUCAGACUAACACGGCUACCCCUCUGAUACAGUAGGAACUGUGAACAUUUCAUGUGCUUCUCUCUUAAUUGACGCCAUAGCUGCUAAUGAUGCAGGUUCCUUCUUCAGAAAAGGGCCUGCUUAUAAAUCUUCCAUACAACAGUAAAGCAGCACCGAGCUGCUGUCUGCCAGGACUGCGUGCAAAGCUGCUCUGUGUGAUGCAUGAAAGGAUGAGCUGGGGCAGAUGGAUAUAAUGCGAGUCCUGGAAUUAACCGGCUACAAAAUCCACUACCCAUCUCAACAAGUCUUGAAUUUAACAAACAAACCCCACACAUGUCAAAGGAUUAUCUCCCAUACAUUUAACCUGAUGACCUUAUAAAGUGGUGGCCUUGAACGGAGGGAGGUGGAAGCAUAUCCCACUUGCCUGGCCUUUUACCUCUUUUAAUGGUUUUCUUCUGCUCCUGGUAGUGGUAUAUCUAUUGCUUUUCCUCAAGAGCAAAUGUAGUACUUUUAGAGCUUCCAGGUUCAUGGGGUAGAUUUAAAACCAGCCUUGACAUUUUAAAGGCACUUGGAAUUGUCUGCUUAUUGCCAAAGUGAGUGUGUGUGUGUACAUUCUUUAGGUUGUCAUUGACCUUUUGCUUGCUGGGUAAUAGUUGUAGAUUUGAAUUUGUAUUUUGGGAGCCGGAAAGGGAUGCUGUGUGAAUUUGUGCAACAGCAAACCCAUCAAUCGGUGAAACUCUCAGCACUUCAUCUUUCUUUCCUUCUUUAAAGACGCUUUUCCUUCAGUUGAGCUCUUUGACAGCUUCACCCUGAGCUGCCAGACCACCUCAAAUUGCACUUGCCACUUUUGACCGUCAGUAGUUUGGCUUCUCUAGACUUGGAAUAUUUGCCAGGGACCGCAAUACCCAAAGCAAAAUCUGAGCAUGUAGAAUUUGACCCCACCACCACCACCCCCAGAUACAGGGAAAUUCCGUUUAUUGCUUCUUUAAUUAGGGGUCUCUUCUCCCCCUUUUCUCCCUCAGGUUUCUCCAGGCCUCUCUGCCAUAUUCUCUAAUGUAUUUCAUGGUCCUAGUUAUCUCUUAAUACACUGCCACCAUGUGUUUGUCGCACACACUCUCACACAUCAUCAUUCCUGAGAUUUUUUGUUUCUUUGCCCUCUCAAUAUUCAAAGACUCUGGAGCUAGCCGCUCUUGCAUCUCUGUUUAGAACCUGUGUGUAGUUACUGCAAGAGGCAUUCCAGAUCAGGCACUUCAUUUUUUUCCCUUAAAGCUGUUUAUAUAGAGAAUUUGCAUAUAGGAAAGUGCUUUGAAUAUGACUGUCCCAACAGGGUGUCUGUUUCCUUGAUGACAAAGAGCUAUACCAUCAGCAGAGUUUUCAGGAUCUUGUGAGGAUAAUGCAACAACCGUGGAAAUGGUUUAUAAAGUCUAACGGCCUGAUUGGAUAAGACACAGGGCCUUUAUUUGGCUAAGAAUCCAAGACAGAAAGGGAUCAUGGCCAUGUUGUCAGAAGUCUAAUAGGACAGCAGGGAAUCAGUUUGUAACUAUAACUACUUUAGUCUCUUGCAGACACUUCACUGUCUUGGUGCAUAGCUCUGACGGAUUCAUUAGAAUAGCUGGAUUCAUAUGUGUGGCUCAAGAGGCCCAAACAGCUUCUCCAUGUUAACUGAUCAUACUCCACUUCCAGCCCGCAGGCUAACAUUAGUGUCUCAAAGCUAGUGGAUGUUUAGCAAGAGGUAGGGGAAGCCCAUUUUAACACCAGCACCGGUGCAUGUUGAGACAGCGCCGCUGGGUAAAUACUGCCUAUUGAUAGCCUUAACACAUGCAUAAAGCAGCCUUCAAAUACCUUCAGCUGUUAAGAGGCUGGCAGCUCAAGGAUACAGCUGCACAAUAGACUGUACAGAAGGGGAUGGGGUGGUAAGUACAGCUUCAGUUGGACAAGUGUGAAAAGGCUUUAACCGAAAGUGAAUUUGCUUUGGUGCUCACAAACCAUAUUAAUUUCCAUGGAGACUUGUACAAGGGACCAUUUUUUGGUCGGUGGAAAGCAACACGCAUGUGCACGUAUGUGUGUUUGCACAGCUAUCUUGGAAUCGUUUCUUUCCUUCUUCCUGCUCCUCGAACUCUUAGUUGGAACUGAAACAAUACCAUGUGACUUAGGUGAGCAGUCACAUUUCAAACAGGGAGUAAUCAAAGGCAUAGUAGAAUGGAAUAGCUUCCCUGCACCGCAUAAGCUGGAGUGGAUUUGUGUAAUGAGUUUGAAAGCUUCAGAUUGCAAACAGACUUGUAAAAACCAAUCCAUUGAGCAAAAACGGACAACGUUUUUUUUAACGGAUUCUGUUCUAAAUAGAUCACUCUGCUACAGUCACGACUAAGGGUCUGUCUGCUCAGUACAAACUGCACAUGGGCUAGCUGAAUCCAGCUACUCAAGACAGCAAGCCAGUUACGUACCCAGGGCCCAUGCUGGGCUUGUGCUCCCCUCAGCUACAGCUCGUACCAUGUUGUGUUCACUGCUACAGUUACCCAUGCUAGCUGGAUUAAAGCUAGCUCAGGUAGAUUAGCCUAUGCACAGCUUUUGCUGUGUAGACAGACCCUAAAUUGCUGAUUCUUUUUUUCCCAACACCUGUCUUUGUAAUGGGAGGGGCUUAAGAGGUUCAGAAAACAGGGAGAUGCUUGAAGUGGAAAAACUCACCAAGUGUCAGUGUAAUGGACUCUGGUCCCUGCUCGCUACUGGCCUCUUGUGGUCAGUUGUGUUGUAAGAUUCUCCAUCUUAAUUCCUCCUUCCUGUUUUGAACUUCCUAGGACUUCUUCCCGUAAGUUCAAAACAGGUUUUGUAUUGCAAAACAGCCCUUUUUUCAACAGAAAACCCCCCAAAUAAGGAAAAAACCUCAGGCCUCUGGUCCCAUUCUUGUUCCUUCUUAAAAGGACCAGUCAUCCAGGCACACACAACAACCCAGUCAAGGGUAUUUCUCACACACCUCGGUCUCUGACAGUCUGAACGGUGGGGUUGCUUCUCCCUGGGGUCUGGAGGCAGGCAUUCAGGUAGCUCUGGAUAAUGGGUGAUUUUGCUGUAGAUCCUGACUGAAGGGGUUUGAGUGAGCAGGAGAAAGCAGAAGAAUUAUAGGUACUAUAGUCUUUAGUCACUACAGCUGUAAGUACAGCAACCAUUGCAUUCGUUACCAAAAUGGUGUGGAACUGAUUGAGAGGUGUGUGAACUUCUCCCUGGGACAGUACAGCAUUAGUGUAAAAUCUGGCUGCUUUUUGCUCUCCUUACUUAACCACUGGGGAUCAAAAAUUACACAAGUCUGCGAUCUGGGAGUUGCUACCAGGCCCUGCCAGAAAACUACGGCUGGCCAGACAGAGCAGUGACUAUUGGGAGCUGAGACCUCAUGCCCUACUGGGUGCUAGAAACAUACAGUGUACCCACGGAAUAUUUCCUGCCCUGACAAAUCACCAGAUACCAGACCUUAAAAUCUUGUCCUUCUGAUUACCAUCUCGUGCCCCACCCACUUCAGUUCUGACAUGGAUUGUGUGUAUGCUCUCCUGAACUUACAGAGCUAUAAACUAAUGCUUUCUACCAUCUGGAAGCAGCCGGGAAUUCCAUCUUUCAGUUGAUGUGUAAAGCAUUCAUCUUUAUGGGGGUUCAUGAGCAGCUACUAAACAUCCAGCCAGAAUUGAAGUUUAGAGGAGGGGAAAGCAAGAUCAUAAUUUGUGACAUGAUUUUUUAUGUACGCAGUCAAGUUAAAUCACACUUCAGUCUGACAAUUUUUACCUCCCCUUUAUAGGUGAUGCCUAAGAUUGCUAGCAGUUGGAGAUAAAAAAUAAUUAUUUGUAAACUUUUUUCCCCCUGUAUAAUUACUCUGCAUAGUUAGCAAUAUCUUAGUCGGGUUUCAGUAUUUCUCCUCUGUCACUUAGUCAGUUCCCCUGUAUGUUUGAAUCAUUAGUGUGUUAAAGGGAGAAACAUCUUGGAAAAAUAGGAAAAUGUGCCUGUAAAACUGCAAAUGUUGGCAGAAGUGCUCAGGAGACAUGUAGACCAGAAACUGCUUUUAAUGGUAAUUGACUAGAUUUCAAGCUGACUGUUUCCCCUUGAAGUGUGUGUCACUGAACAUGCUAAAACAAUGUUCAGUGUUUAAAAUAUUUGUAUGUAUUUAAAUAGAAAACUCAGUAGUUUCACAGAAGAGAUGGAAGUGAGUUUAAUCUCCAGCAGAGUCUGAGCGUGUCUGAGUCCCAGGCUGCUGAAGAUAAACAGUUUCUCUUUCUGUGUUCAAAAUAGGUACAUGGGCAUGAAACUUUCUCCAACUUCCUUCAUGGGGCCUAGGGAGCUCCUUGGGUAAUGAGCUUAGCACUCAGAUGUCCUCCCUGACUUCCCUGGGAGAAGGAAAUGCAGCGAGGAGACAAAAUUCUAACUUUGGCACCUUUGAGAUGUUCUGCAGAACAAACUCAGGAUAGCAAACGUAUUGAAAAUAACUUCAGUACUUUAAGAGACACCUGUAUUUCUAGGUCCAAUAUCUUAUAACCUGCUACUUCUGGAAAUACUGGCAGGAGCACUACAAAUGCUGUCAGGACCAGUAACUCCAUCCCCUAUCUCCCUCAGUAUGGUUCCUGGAUCAGUGAUCAGAAUAAAACAUAUUCUGUUCCUACUCAGUGUCCAUUUCAACUAAGGCUUGCCACUGAAUGAAUGUAUUGCUAGAGCAGCUCCAGGUUUGGGGGUUCCCCACAACUACGUAGCUAGCUUAAUAGUAUACAAGACAGCUUAGCUUUCACUGACAAGCUGAUCUUUGCCUAGCCUUAGUAAAAAGGACAAAUGUAGAAGAAGUAAACAGGAGUUUUGGACGUGUAAAUGUUGGCGAUCCCCUUCGUUAUGGGGCACACACCUGCCUGGUACUACCUUGUGAAAAGCAAUCAUGACUGUGCAAAAUGUUUUAAACAGGUUAAAGGUUUUUUUUUUAAGUAUUUCAUUUUAAUCUCCCCAAUCCUGAUUUUAAUAUCAGCCCUUCCCUUCCCUUCCCUCCCAAGUUCCUUGCUGUGAGCUAGCCUGAAAUGUAAAUAGGCUGAGAGCUGCUUCCCAUCCAUUUUGAAGCAGACACAUCUAUAUAGAAUGUUCUCAUCUAUCCCACUUCACGUAGAGGGCCUGAUCCUCGGAGAUGCCAAGAGCACUCCUCUCCCCUUGAAACCAGGAAGAGCUAUGGUUGCUAAAUAUCUUGCAGGAAGCAUCACUGGAUUGAGGCCCAUAAGGGAGAGAUGCUGCCAAAGUGCCCUACUAGCUCCAGUAACCUGUGGCAAAAUCCUUUGCUGUUUUCUUACCAAAAUGAAGUGGUGCAGUGCAUUGCGUGCAGACAGCACUUCCUGAUCCGCUCUUACCGCAUAGGAAGGAUGUCCAUCUGUGAGUUGUCUGUCAAGCAAACGAGUAAUUGUGCUUUUAACUAGAUUAGUCACCUGUAUGGGAGUUACCAGGGCGGUAACCUAGGGAGAGGAUGGGCUCUGGAGAGUUACAACAGAUGCAAAAACCCCAGAAGAUAACAUUAUUGGAUUUCAGAUUUGUUGGUUUCAAUGGACAACUACUUCAGUGCUAAGAUUUGAAUUUUAGGGGCCCCGUUUUUCCACUGGGGCCUCAUUUAAUCACAACUGCAUGGAUUUGCUCAUGCAAAUAGCCUGGCUGUGCUCGAGUAAAUAAAUACUGCAGACAUAGAGGAGGCCUGCUGAAAAGAUGUGGCCCGUGUGAAGUUCUGUCCUGUAGCCAAGCAGCGUUUACAGCCCCCGAGGAGCCUUUAUAUCAUGAGGAGUAUCAUUCACUGACUGUUGAGUGUGUGUUUAGAACACUUAUGAAACCAGUUGCUAGGUUAUUCCUUUAAAUCACCAGCUUUUCCAUAAUUUGCAUCUUUGCCUAGAGAUGAUUUCCUAUUAAUCUGUGUGUAAAAUUACUGAUCACUGUCGAGAAAGUCCUACCUUCUUGGUCAUUGGUUAUGGCUUUCUGUGAUCAUCCUUGCCGCUAAUGAGGAUUGUACACGUUGGGAAUUUCCUUCCAGAUCUAUAGAUGGGGGAUGCCCUUUUUUAUCCCAUUUUCCUGUGCUGGCUUAGCUACCCACAUAAAGGCUGCACAUCCUCAUGGACUUGUUCGGUGACAGCUGCUUUUUCAACUUUUUUUGUCUUCCCAGUUUCCGGGCUUUUCAGGCAGCCUUCCCAAUAUCAUCGUAGGGCUUGGAGUUAGCUAAAGUGACUUUCCCUGGCCAUCCCUGUUGCUUCAGCGAUUAGUUGUCUUAGGCCAAAGGGGGCCGUGACUAAUGCCAUUUUCAAUUAAUUGACUGCCCACACUUACUUUUCGUGAGAAUUUCUCCUCCUGGGAACGACACAGAAUGUUUUGGAUUGCAUGUGAUCUUUGGCCCUUAUGUGUGGCCUACUUCACAGUGGGAAAAUGAUCCCCUCCUGGCUUAUUUCACGAGGCCAGGAAAAAUAUUGCAGUGUUUAAAAGUACCUUUAAGCUCUUAUUGAGCAAGGAGUAAGCACCUGCUGUAGGAUCAUACUCAUUCAGAGCGGUAUUUUUUAAUCAGUGUUUACCACCGUUAUAAUAGAAACAAAUAAUAAUAAAUUAGAGGCAAUUAUGAUAGACGUGCAUUUCUUUCCUUACAACAUCAGAAUGUCGAACCCCAUGACAAUCUCAGCAAGAAUCUAGCCUGGCCCUCAGGGGCUCAUAGCAGAGAGAAACUAAUUUUCUCCUUUUGUUCUCCCAAGCCCAUCCAAUUAAGACUAAAGAGAUUGGAUCCCUCUGUAUAUCUCUUGAAUUCCACUGUUGCUUUUUGAUAAAAUUAGGUGUGGAGUAGGACCUCAACCAAAGCAUUAGUGUUGCCUCUUUCUUGUCGCUGUGGCUUGACAACACUCUGAUUGGUAGAAAAUAAAAUUUUAAAAAAAUCUAAAGUGAACAACAAAACAAAACAGGGCUCCUGACAGAGAGCUCUUCGAUGUGAGAGCAGCUGGCACUAAUUCCAUGCCUUCAUUGUAGCUUUUCUCUCAUCUUUGUCAUGGCAUGUACACAUACAUACCUGGGGUAGUUAGGGUGACCAGAUGUCCUGAUUUUAUAGGGACAGUCCAGAUUUUUGCAUCUCUUUCUUAUAUAGGCUCCUAUUACCCCCCACCCCCUGUCCCGAUUUUUCACAUUUGCUGUCUGGUCACCCUAGGGGUAGUAAUCUUGUACUCAAAAGCUCUUGUUACUAUUAGGGUUGAGUAUUAAUGGUCGUGAAAUGACUAGCACCUUUAAGAGCUCAUCUGACAGAAUUGUGGUGCCUUUGCUUUAAGAUUUCUUUUGGUUGCCAGCCAAAAGAGAUGCAAGUUCGUUGGGAGGAGGGGUGGGUUGAAGGACCAGGCAGGGCUGGGUUAUGAAAUUGAGUAAGUCUCGUGCUUUGUGGGUCUGCAGCCAAGUACAAACAAAAAUUCCCACUUUUCAGCUCAGCUCAGGUCCUUUGGCUCCUGUAUUAGCAAGUUCAGGGCAAUAACUGGGAGGUCUCGACUUAUCAGCACUAUGCUGGUGAAGGAGCUAAUUUUCUAGUACUUUUGACUUAAAUAUAUCAUCCAGAUUGUGGUGCAGUUCCCUGAGAGCAGGAGCACUUUGCUGGUCUCAUUCCAGGAGGGAAUUUAGUGUCGGUUCUCAGUGGACUAGGGAACUGCAUGGUGAGAAAGCUGUGGGUUUUGUGGGUUAACCUCUGUGAUUGUGGAACUCCGGCCGCGUGGAGCAGCCUAUUUUGUAACUGAUUUUUUUUUUCUCAAAGAUUCGCCGUCUCCGUGGGAAAGGAGGGGAGACUGGAGUUCGCUUUUGUGUUCUAAAACCAGGUGGGCCUCUUACCCGGUUUUACAGUCAGGGUGGAUAAAGUACAUGGGAGUCCUGUGACUUGAUUAGAGGACCCAGUGAGCCCAGGAUGUUCCUGAAUCCUCUAGUCCCAUGUUGUAACCACUAGUCAGUGUGAUUUUCCACUUCGUUGGGGGUGCUGUUAAGCGGGUGCUUGAUUCCUGCCCUGAGCUGACUGACUCCAAUCCAGAGUUCUUAAAUUCACCCUGCCGCCCCCACUCCACGACCUGAACCACUACAUACUUUUUUUCUUUUAAGCUUUUCUCCAGCAGGAGACCUAGGAUAAUGUUUCUGCAUCAAACAUACAGUUUCUGUUUACGAGACGCGGCACCAGGAGAACUCAGGAUAGGAGAGUCCUGAGGCAGGAUGGGUAGUUAUGUGAAGUGUUUCCUUUUUCCACCCAUAACCCAUUGUUUACCCAAAUGAAAUGUAAGGAACUCUCUAAGCCAACGCACCCCCACAUGUCUUAUAAUGUCUUAUACAUUAGACACAAGCCUUCGACUCCUUUUGACAGUCUGGCCUAGCUUCAGACAAGAAACAUUUGAAAACAUACGUGUCCUUAGCGAGAGCCACUUGGAACUUGAACAUCAAACGUGCUGAGCUCUGUUCUGAACCUAGAAGCUGUGGCUUUAAAGCAGGGUGUUCCUUUUACAGCCCAUAUUGACAAAGGGAGGUGAGGUCAUAUUUUUUAUUGGACCAAUAUCUGUUGGUGAGGAAGACAAGCUUUCAAGCUACACAGAACUCUUCUUCGGGUCUGGGGUAUCUCUCACUGACAGAAGUUGGUCCAAUAAAAGAUAUUACCUCACCCACCUUGACUCUCCUGUCCUGGGACCGACCCGGCUACAACGACACUGCGUACAAAGGUUCAAUUAAGCAGGCCUGGCAUUGGACUCACCUAUGAGAUUUGCUUAUUGGCAGGCUUACAGGCUAGACAUCAAUCCCCUCGAAACUUAAUCAUGUAGCAUUACCUAGUGCACCUUGGUUGCAGCCCCAGUUAUGUGCGACACAAAUGAAGGGGUCUGAUUGGUUAAUUUCCAGCCCCAGCAGUAGAGGUAUAAGGUGCUUCUGGGUCAGAGACAGACUGAAUGUACAGUGAGGUGUCAGCAGUGUUAGGCAGAGGUUUCAUUGAGGUUUGGAGCUCUGGGGGCUCUAAAUCCGCAUUUCCAGUUGGGACCUUGAUGCCUUGGCUGUUUCUGGCUGCUGCUUUGGUGCCCUCUACUGGAAUCUGUCGCACUGUACAGGCUGAAGCCUUGGAAAGCCGACCCCACACAUUGUUUUGUGUGGAAGGGCUACUUUGUUCAAUGUAACAGCUGGCACCGAUGCAUAGAAUUUCACUUUGAUUUUAGUCUCCUUAGUCAGGGCUGUGCCCUGGGCACUUCUGCUUUGGAGCAGAGCUUUGGGCACCUUCGUUCAGGUGUCUUGAUUUCCAGUUUUGGUGCUAUUUCUGAAACACAGGAGGGCUCUGCAUACCAGAAACCUUGAUUUCUCUCCCCCCCCCACCUCCUUGCCUCAAGCACCCAGGUGGGAUGUUAUAGAGCAACAAGGAGAGAGAGGUUGUUGCCCUGUUUGAACAAAAUCCGCUCUUCCUCCUAAAACCAGUCUCCAUCUGGGCAUUUUAUACCAUGCUCAUCACCUUUUUUUAUCUGAUCUUUGAGACACUUCUCCGCUGACUGUAAAGGUGCUAAAGACUUGGAAGGGUCCAGAGACACUGUUGUCUGUACCCCGUGGAAUCUAGCACAAACACAACCAUGGCGCUGGAACGAGAAGCUGCCUUUGUUCAGCUGGGUCUGUCCCCCAUGAGCCCUUUUCUCCUAUUUAGCAUUGUGUGCUGUAUACUGCAGGACUGAAUCAUUAUCGUUGUGUUAAAAAGUCCCAUCCCAGGAGUGCUAUAGAGUUCUGGAUCGCCAUAUGUUCUGCAUUUGUUGUGCUGUAUUGCUUAUAUUUUGGGAGGGGGUGGGGGACACGGGAGAAGGCGCUGCGGAUGCUUUUGGCGUGGGGCAGAUUCCCAGCGCACCCUGGAUCCGGUAGCGGCCGCGGCUGCACAAAGCCAGCACCUUCUGUCUUGAAGGAGACUGUUAUAAUUGCAGAAAGGAGUGACGGGAAGGGUAUGUUGUAGGUAGCCUAGGUUGCCUUAGCCGUUUUCCACCUAAGGCAUGGGGAGGGGAGGAUGGUGUGCUGGAAAUGGGAACUUAUCUCACACCCGGCAUGGUCUAUUACAAAUGGUACUUGACCAAGACAGGGGCUGGAUGCUUGUCAGCUUUUUCUCUGGAACUCCAGGCUGAUGCCAGUAGUGGAGCUGGUUUCCGUUGCGCUGAGGUUUCUUAUGCAGUCAGGCAGGGAGGCACAGUCUGACCCCAAACUCAGCCCCGGUCUACACUACAGACUUCGGUUGACGCAAGGCAGCUUACAUCGACCUAACACUGUAAGCAUCUACACUAAAAUGCAGCUCCCGCCGACGUAACUCGCCCACUGCACCGACUUAAGAACUCCACUUCCGUGAGCGGCGUACCGCUUAGACCGAUGCGGUGUCCAUGUAGAUGUUGCGUUGCUUCCAUCAGCUGUUGCCGCCUUGCAGAAGCCAUCCCACAAUGCCCCACGCUGACAGUUAAAUUGGUGCAAGCGCUCCUGGGGAGGAUGCACACUGCUGACACAAGCAGCGUAAUGUGGAUGUGCAGUUUAAUUACUGCGGUGGCUGUAAAUCGAAGUACCAUAGGAUGACUUAAUUUUGUAGUGUAGACUUGCCCUUGGCAUCUUUCAAUCCUAAUGGAUUGGGAAAGGAAUCACUUAAUGAGUAAUGGGAAGUAAAGGUUCGCCUGCCCCUCAGGCUCCAGGACCUGUUAAUCACUCCCUUCCUGUGGGACAUUACGAGACCACCACUUGCUGCUUUUGCCAUUUGCCACACAGUACUGAGCUGCCGAAGCAACUCCAUGAUACUUGACAGUCACAAGAAGCCUUUGCUUUUUGUCUGUUUGUUUUUUAAAGGGCUAAGCCAGUUGACAGAGGUUGGCUGCAGUGGAGAAAAUCCACUUGUGGGUUAAAAUGGGGUGUUAAUUUUUAACUUGUUGAGAGAUGGGGGCCCAGCCACACGUUUUUAUGGAUAUGGAAACCUGGAGGAUAUGGGUUUGGCCCACUGGAGAUCAGGGUAACCCAGAUCCCUCCAAGUUCUAGACUGCCCAGAGCCAGAGUUUUCGUUUGAGCCCAACUAACUGAGGGACCUACAGCCUCUGAAAUAACAUGGUAGCGAUUUCACCUUUAAAUCUGCUCCACUAACUCUGCUCUAAAAUUCAGUCAAUCUUAAAACGUUUCACAUAAAUGAGGCCGGCCCCGCCCUGGCCUCUGCUCCCCUCUCUCUUCUACUGCAGAUGGAAGGAGUGUUUUAGCCCAGGCCAAAGCUGCUCCGUUGCCUUGGAAGAGAGAACAGGUUAUUUCUGACUCCUCCAAAGCAAGGGCAGCCCAUCCAGUAGCCUUGAUUCUCAUUAGCACCCCCGGGUGUCGCAUGCAAGGCCUGCAAGACAGAUGACCUCUCCCUUCCGUCUCUGGACUAGAGGCAUCACGAAAGGAAUGACCUAUGUCCACGGGCUCCUGCCAGUUGUCCCGGGUGCUCUGUGGGAGCAGGACGGCAGCUCUUUGACACACGGCCUUCCAGGUCGAACAAAGUCUUGCUCUCUCCCACACACUUCACAGCAGCUGCCCAAGGAGCCAGGUCCCGGGAUUUGCCUUCCCCCAGCACAAAGAACCAGUCUUCUUUUGCAUGGGACUGCAGUAGUGGAAGAAUCCACCUGACACCUGCCCUUCAACCAAUAGCUGGCUGUUUUAUAUGGAGAGCUUUUACGAUCAAUAAUGGAAGAAAAUAAAAAAACCCACAAAAAGAAAUCCCUGAAAAGCUUAACCACAAGGGUGUAGUAUCUCUAUAAAAGAAAAUACCUAUCUAUGAAUAUAUAUAGAAAUAUAUCGACAUAUAUCAACUUUCCUGAAUGGAUGCGCAAUUCCUUAUGCAAUGAAAUUGUUUUUAGAUGUAUCCAAACCUGGACUCCCCGACCCUCCCUCCCUGCGACAGGUUUGUUGUACAAUUCUUGACUUGCUCAGCCUUUCGCAACAGAACGCGAGGAGGUGCAGGCAGGUCGCACUAGCAAAUAAAAAACGUUCUUCACCGAAGUGCUCCUGUGAGCAGGUCCUCACAAUUUAGCAUUAGCCCGUGCCGUGGAUUCCUGUUGACCUGUGUGUCCGCAAGGGCGGGGGAGGGUCGUGGCACGGCCCUGUGUUGUAUUUUGCUGUUUAAAAACAAAAUCUUGGCACUUAUCAAUUUGUUCCUUCAGCCACUGUUCUUACCAAACAUAUAAUGUGCCUUUUAUUUAUGCUGCAAAUAUAACAUUAAAAUAUUAACAAGGAUAA